AUGAGCAAAGAACUGAUUCUGCUCCAUCUUCCGUUCGGACAGCACUCCAAGUUGAAUGUCAGAAGCGGGCAGACGCUACGCGAAGCCAUCGCCAAUAUUCUUCGCAAACGUAGGAUCAAGCCGGAAUUGUGCACGGUUUGUGUGGGUGAGGAUCCAGACAGUCAGCAGGUGGAUUUGGGACUGAAGUUGACAGCUUGUGCCAAGAAUUACAAAGAGUUGUGGGUGCAUUCAGACUGUUUGGAGCUGUUUCAGACGGUCCAUCACGAGUUCGUGUCUAAAAACUUUGGGUACGCUGUAUGCGAUGUCUGCCAUCGGACUAUUUUCUUUAAUGUAAGUUGUUUUUUAACUUCAUUAUUUGGAAAAGUUUGGUUUUUAGCAAUAUUUAUAUUGUUUUAGGUAACAUUUACUUUAUUUUAGGUAAUAUUUACUGUCUUUUAGGAAGUAUAAUUAAUUUGGUCAUAAAAUAAAGAAAAAAUAUGUUUUACUAUAAUUUUUGUUGGUUUAGGUAACAUUUGCAUUAGUUUAUAAGAAAUUUAUAUUAUUUUAAGCAAAAGUUUUAUUUUCAGGGCGGUAAAUGCUCUAGAUGUAAAUUUAAUUUCCACAAGAAGUGUUGGGGAGGAGUACCGGGACUUUGCGAAUCACAUCAGUUAUCAUGUGAUUCAUUACAGACGGAUUCUAUCAGAAAUAUUUGUGCACGAUUGCAAGGUCCUUAUGCUCACAUGGCUACCAAUGUGCUUAACAGCUUACUGCCUACAAAUUGUAAGUUAUGAAUGUAAAAUUAUGUAGAAUUGGAGAUUUUGUUACUUUACGUUUGAUGUAAUGUCGAUUGACAAUUUUUUUGAAAAUUUAAAAUUUUGUUAAAUUAUAUUAUUUUAGGUAGUCGAGCUCCAUCGGCAUCUACAUUGACCUUCGACCGGUCGGCAUCGUCACCAAAUAUUAUUGAAAACACAAAAUUGGAUGAUUCGUCAGAUCUUAUGUCCAUAUCACAACAAACCAGCGACACAAGUGGCAUUCAUACACCACAAUCAGCGCCUCCAGAAGACUCGGGUAACUUCUUUGAAGGUGCGAAGAAAAGGGCUUUUCAUAAGAAGAAAAUGUCAGAGAGUACCGACUGGUCAAAGAGUAAGCUCCAGAAGGCAGUCGAUACAUGGGUCAUCAAGAAUAAUGAUGUUACGAUUCAGGAGAAGAUUGGUCAAGGGACAUAUGGGACUGUAUAUAAGGCUUACUACUUUGGUAUGUAUUGAGCUGUGGUAAAAGAUGAGGAGUAAGAUGAUAACGACGACUUUUAAUCUUAACUUUGGUGUUUUAGGCAUUAUCAUCUUUUUUCUUUUGAUAUGAUUCUCAGCCUUCUUGUCUUUUACCUCGUAGCUCGAUAAACCAUAGUAUAUGUUUCAUUUCAGGUACUGUUGCAGUAAAAAUGUUGAACAUAAGUCAUCCGGACAUCAAACAGUUGGCUUCUUUCAACAAUGAGAUCACUUUGCUGAAGAAGGCACGGCACGGUAAUAUUCUCAACUUUUUCGGAGUCAUUAUGCAACCGAACUUAGCCAUCGUGACUCAGUGGUGCCAGGGAUCGUCGUUAUAUCGCCAUUUGUAUAUAUUGGAGAACAACUGCUUGGACAUGGUCGAUGUAAUCAACAUCUGCAAACAACUCUCGAAUGGAAUGUGUUAUUUGCAUUCGAAGACUGUUCUACACAGGUAAGGUGAAGGUAAACUUUUUAUGAUGAUGCUAAGUGGAUGAUUCGUGUAUUUUUAUGGUUAUUUUGUAUUAUAAUUUUAUUAACAUGUUUACUUAGUAUAAUAUAAUAGGUAUUAUAAUAGUGCUGUAGUUAAACUUCUAAUGUUAAUAUUAUUUUUGAUGUUUAUGAUAUCUUAUCGCUUUUGAAGUUGUUGAAUUAGCAGUAAUAUUGUUUCCAGAGACCUCAAAUCAAGUAACGUUUUCUUAACAGAUUCGAACAAGGUCAAGAUUGGGGACUUUGGUUUGGCUACAGUACAUGAGAUUAACGAGAACAACAAUGAUGAGAACGCACCAAAGUUAAUCGGAUCCAUCAUGUGGAUGGUAAGGGAGUUUAAUGUGUUACACUUCGGUUUUUACAUAAAAAAUUUUUAAAAACAGGUUAAAGUAAUGUCAGAUUUACCUAAAAUUUGUCGUUUUCAGGCGCCAGAAGUGAUAAGAAUGAAUCCAGCCAACCCAUACAGCACCAAAUCUGAUGUGUACUCGUUUGGAAUUGUACUGUACGAACUGUUGAGUGGGAAACUACCGUAUGAAAGCGUGAAGAACAGGGACAUGAUACUAUAUGCUGUUGGGAAAGGAUUCAUGAAGCCAGAUCUCACUCAAAUUCGAAGCAAUGCUCCAGGCAAAUUAAGAAGUCUGUUCCAGAAUUGUAUCGCGUUUGAUCCAGUACAGCGUCCAGAGUUUCGACAAGUAGGUUUAUUUCAGUUUGAUAGGAUAAGAUUAUAAGAGAUUUUGGUUUGGAAAGUAAAAUAUUUUAAAGAACUACUGGUUAACAUGCGUAAAAUUUCAGAUCUUGCAAUUGAUGGAUAACAUCCGCGUGGGCCGCUUGAUCAAAUCAGCCAGCGAAACGCAGCUCAGCAAAAGUCACUCCGCACUGGACAUACUGUAA